AUGCGCGAGUUGCUGCAGAAGCAAACGCGCCCGAGCAGUGAACCAAAUGCGGGCAUUAAGGCCGCCGCUGGAGUUGUCGAGGCUGGCUCUGGCGCUGGCCAGGAGCAGCAUAAUAAGAAGUGCUCCAGUGCGAGGUUGUGCAAUAGGCUGGCCAUGGCCAUAUCCACAGCCACGCCCACAGCUGUCACAGUGCCCAGCAUAGAGCUGACGCCAGCAGCAGCGCCCGCAGCUCCUGCAACGCCCACGCCCACGCCCACACCCACGCCCAGGGCAAUUGAGAAGCCCGACAACAACAACAACAACAACAAGGAGAACUGCAAAGUACAAGGUGCGCCCACAAAUUAUAUAGCACGUCGCACCUGGAUAACAACGGAUCGCAUGAACGAGCUGCGACGCAAAGCGCAGGAGGCGGCGAAGCAGAACAAGAUUUUCACCAUCCGCGGCUGCUUUCACUCGGUGCGCAAUGCUCUGCUCGCCCGCGGAUGGGUCGAGAAGUUGGACGUGCAUCGCAAGGUGCUGCCCCUGGGCCAGAUGACCUACGAGGAUCUUACGCAGCGUCUGCCCAAGCGCAAGGCGGGCGAGACGCGGCGUCAAUAUGUGCUGAAAUGUGAAAGGAACAUAAUGUCGAGAUUUCUGGAGCAUAUGCCCGUGGACUUUCUGUGGACGAACCGAAAGGAGAAAUGCGAUUACAUUGAUCAGGCCAAGAAUCCGGGCAUGACCAUCAAUAAAUUCCAUCGGGCGCCGUUCACCUCGAAGGAGGGUCUGUGCAGCCAGCUGCGGGACUUCCACUGGUUCUUCGAGGAGGGCAUGGCCGAGAUGUAUUUUCCGCGCUGCUACAAUGUCUGGAGUCCCGAGGAGCUGGGCGAGUUCGUGGACAACUUCAAGCUGACGGCCUGUGUGGCCUACUUGCGGGCCAUGCUCUGCAAGUACCACAAGCAGGGCUCGGAUGCGGUAUUCUCGCCCAGCGGCAAGAUACCCUAUUCCUCCAUAGACUUCGCCUACAAGCGGCUGGUGGACUACAUCGAUAGCUGCCAGCACAACGAUAUCGACUUUGAGGAUCCGCCCAAGAUAUGGGAGCACGACUGGGAUGCCUUCCUCUACCAGCACCAGCAGCUGGUCAACGAGGAUGGACGCAUCCAGCACGACGGACAGCGCACGCUCGACCACAUGGUCAAGAGCUGUGUGACUCUGGUUGAGAAGAUGAAGGUGCACUGGCCCCAGUACAGCCUGGAUGGCUAUCAGAAUUUGUGGAUCGUGAAGCCGGCCAACAAGUGUCGGGGGCGUGGCAUACUCCUUAUGGAUAAUCUUAAGAAGAUCUUGGGCGUCGUUAAUCCCUCGAUAGCAUCUAAGAGUCGCUAUGUCGUGCAGAAGUAUAUAGAACGACCUCUCAUAGUCUUCCAAACCAAGUUCGAUAUACGCCAAUGGUUUCUGAUAACCAAUACCCAGCCGCUGGUGGUCUGGUUCUACCGGGAGAGCUAUCUGCGUUUCAGCUCGCAGGAAUACAGCCUGAGCAACCAUCACGAAUCGGUGCAUCUGACGAACUAUGCGAUACAGAAGAAGUAUACGAACGGCAAGCGGGACAAGCGCUUGCCCAGCGAGAACAUGUGGGAUUGUUAUUCGUUUCAGGCGUAUCUCAGACAGAUCGGCAAGUCGAAUAUGUGGCUAGAUCGCAUAUAUCCGGGCAUGCGUAAGGCAAUUGUGGGCACCAUGUUGGCAUCGCAGGAGAACAUGGAUCGUAGACCCAAUACUUUCGAGCUGUUUGGCGCCGAUUUUAUGAUAUGCGAAAAUUUCUAUCCCUGGCUUAUAGAAAUCAAUUCGAGUCCAGAUCUUGGAGCGACGACCAGCGUGACAGCUCGAAUGUGUCCAAAGUGCUUGGAGGAUGUAGUCAAGGUUGUCAUCGAUCGGCGCGUGGAUCCAAAGGCGGACAUGGGCAACUUUGAGCUCGCCUAUCGCCAGGUGGUGCCGCCCACGCCCGCCUACAUGGGCCUGAAUCUGUUCGUCAAGGGUAAGCAGCUGCUGCACAAGGUGAGCCAUGGCCAUGGCCACUACUACUAUCAGCAGCAGCGCAAAGAGCGCAGUCUGGCCACCAGCAGCGUGUUUCGCCAACGUUCGGCCAUUGUGCCAGCUGCCACGCUGUCGCGCAUCCAUCGCGCCAUGCCCACAUUCAAUGCCACGGAGUAUAUGGAGAAGUAUAUGGUGGAGCCAUUGAGCAGCAGUCGGAGCAGCAUUAGCAGCACGCAGCCAGCAAGCAAUUCGAAUGCCUCAACAGUCAAACCCCCAACAACAACAACAACUGCAACAACAGCAACUGCAGCAGCAACAACAACAGCAACAGCUGCAGUUGGCAUCGGUACACCCUGUCCGUAUUUGCUGAAGCAAGCGGGUCGCUCCAUUACGCAGCUCCUAAGCGUCACCCACAAGCGCAACGGCACAAUGGGCACAGGAGCUGGCGCUGAGGCAGCUGCCAGCACCGCUUUGCAGCCGAAGCGCCAACGCAGCUGCGGUCCACGCUUCGCCAAUCAGCAGCUGGAGGUCACGGAUAAGAAGUUCAAGAUACUCAUCAAGAACUAUGCCAAUCAGGCGGCUGAUAAUCUGCUCGAGAAACAGGAGCCCAUCAGUGCGCCGGCCACGGCUCCAGUCAUGGGCGAGCGCAAGUGGCGCAGUCUGCGCAACAUCAACAACAACAACAACGGGAACACCUACACUGCCACGAGCUGCUCCCGUUUGAGAGCAGCUCCCAAUUUGCUGGACAGCAAUUGCUCGCGUCGCUUCGCCCGCACCAAGUCGGAAAUUGAGAGCUCGGCCAGCUUGCAUGCCAUCGGACGCACCUUUGGCCGCCGCUCGUAUGGACCGCGUCUGCCCAUUAGCAUCUCGGUGCAGGCUCUGCAUCGCGGCGAGCCCAUCGUGACUGCCAUGAAGCAGGCCUCCAGCGAGCAGCUGCAACUUCAACUCACCCAAUCCCAAUCGCAAUCCCCAUCCCCAUCCCCAUCCCCAUCCCAAACCCAAACAAACUCCACGCCUCCCAUCAGUCCACGCAACGUUGCACUGGCCAACAAAUUGACGGUGCCAGUGCUGCCCACUUGUUAAACCACCAGCACCACCACCACCACCAUCA